AUCAAAACAGACGCUGGCCAGUACAUAUGUACAGCAAAGAACGCCUAUGACAACAGGGAACACACUGACAGUGCAACUGCAACUGUUAUAGUAAAAUGCUUCUAUCAUCUUCGACAAGUUCCUAAAUAGAACAAUGAAUGAGAGCGACUCCCUGAGUAUCAAGUGUGAUGCAGAUGGCUAUCCACCACCUACCAUCAAAUGGAAGACACCGUCAGGGUCUGUCUACCCUGGGAAAAUCUACAACAUCCCGUCAAUCAGCACAUUACAUGCAGGGACAUACACAUGUACAGCUAGUAACGGGAUAGGAAGAGAAGCAGUGGCCAGUAUACAAGUUACUGUGCAGCACAAACCGGCGAUAGAUUUAUCAAAGUCUUCAUUUAGUUCGAAGUCAUGGAAUGGCAACAGUAUUCGUCUAAGAUGUUUUGCAACUGGUUUACCUGCACCAAGAAUAUCAUGGUACAAACCAACAAAUCAACAGAUCACUACAGGUGUCAACAUUGUACCCGGCGGGGGUAGUGAGGUGACAGUACAGACAACUGCUGACCAAGGGGACUAUGGGCAGUACAAGUGUUGGGCAACAAACAUCCUGGGAAGUGAUGAACACGUCAUCAAUGUUACUCAGCUGGUUGCCCCAGGUGCUGUUACAUUAACGAUAAUUGAGAUUGAAGCAUCAUCAGCAAAUGUGAGAUGGACCAAACCUGCUGAUGAUGGUGGAAGUCCUGUCACUGCUUACGUACUGGAAACUGAUUCACACAUCUUUGUAAGAACAAUUGACACGUACAUCGUACUAACAGGCUUAAAGAAAGACAGUCGGUAUAGGGUUACAGUAUAUGCUAAGAAUGAUAUUGGUUAUGGAGUGUCAUCAACCAAGAUGAUCACUACCAAGAAAAAAGGUAGACCAGACAUUCCAGAACUGUUGACUUCCCUACUCAUAGAAGCCGAAUCUAAAAGAAAAGUUCUUUUAACGUGGAAAAAAACUGAUGACAAUGGGGCAACGAUUUCACGUUACACUAUCUACAUGAAAGAAGAAAAAGAACAACCUGACUGGAAUAUUAUAGAGGAUGUCAAAGAUUCUCUACUAUUGGAAUGCAUUGUGGGAACGAAAGUUAAAUAUGGAAAGACGUACAAAUUUACAGUUACUGCGUGGAAUAAAUAUGGAGAAAGCAUCAAGGAUGAACGUAAUGUUAAGACUGUAAAUACUACAGCAGAUAAGACUGCAUAUGCCACUGGUAAAUCAGUUAAUAGCUGUCCAAUGGKAGGCUCGAAGUACAUCACUACUGUUCUUGGAGUCAUUAUCGCAAUUCUCGUUCUCUCUCUUGGUUUGAAUUUACUGCAAUUUCUGUGGUGGAGAAAAAAAGACAGAUUACAUUGUCUAAAACGAAAGCAAGGUAACCAAAGAACCAAAAAAGCAGCUGAUGAGGAGAUCUACUCCAACGAACUUGAGAUGGAUAAGAAGGUGAUAUCCGCUGUCACAACAUCACUUCCACAUCCGCCUAUCAAUACAGGACCAGAAUAUGAAACCAUACAACAGCUAAAUGAGAUUGCAAGUCCUCAAGAAGAAAUUCCGCCCAAUCAUCUCAAACAUUAUGAGGAUCUCAAUCUCCCAAAUCCUUCUGAACAAGGUGYCCAAAGACCAGUGUACGAACCACUUCGAACGAGAUCCGUUGAACGCAAUGUGCGGCUUGAUAAUAAUAACGAGCAACACCCAUAUGAACCCCUGAAUAUAAGAAACCAAAACCCUACUUAUCAAUCUCUGCAAACUAACAGCAGCGAGAUUAUCUUAUAAAGGCACGCUAGAAAACAUCAAUGUUAAACAAAAAGGUGCCAACAAGCGUUGGACAUGCAGAUUCACUUUUCUUUAAUUUAUUGCCAAACAGUGACAUCAGAGGAUAAAAUGUUACAGUAUAUAAAUUAUAACUAAAUGGGGAUAAAAAUUAAUUCAGUUUUAAUAAUCAAUAAAUGGGGGGAAAUUUCAAUUGUGAAAUAAAACUCUUUACAAAACGUAAUGACCAUGAGCAACACUCAUAUGAAC